AUCAGCUGUAUCCAAUCACAGCUGAUCACAUAGCACUGAUGAUCAGUGUGCCCUGAUGAUCUGUGUAGCCCCAGCAGCGCCACCUGUCAGUGUCCAUCAGUGCCAGCUCUCAGUGCUCAUCCAUGCCACCUGCCAGUGCCACAUUUCAGUGCCCAUCUGAGCUGCCUUUCAGUGUCGCCCAUUAGUGCCAGUGGUGCCAGUCCGUGCCAUAUAUGAGUGCCGCCUUUCAAUGCCCAUCAGUGCUGCCUGUCAAUGCCCAUCAGUGCCACCUACCAGUGCCUCCUUAUCAGUGCCACCUAUCAGUGCCCAUCACUGCAGCCUCAUUAGCGCACAUCCGUGAAGGAGAAAAAUCACUUAUUUGCAAAAUUUUAUAA